AUAGGCGAACUUUUAUCAAAUUUUGGUGUUGAUCAAAUAUGUGCAGCAAAAUCUUCAAAUGGAAAUUGGUGCCGGGCACGUAUAGUUUCAACACUUAAAAAAACAGUGGAGCUGUUUUUUAUAGAUUAUGGUUACACAGAAAUACGUGAAAGAAACUCUGUUAAAAAGCUGGAUAAACAAUUUUAUGUUAAUAAAUCCUCGUAUGGAAUAGAAAUAAACCUACCAGUUAAAUUAUCAGAAACGAUAAGUGAUGCAAAAAAGAAUGAGUGCUUGAUUAAAAUGCAAGAUAUAUUAUUGAAUAAAAUAAUAAGUUUUGAACCUAUCGAGAUCCGAAAAAAUCGACUAAUUGCGCAAUUAAUUUUAGAAGAGAAGUCAGUAAUAGAAAUUUUGAAAUCUCUCCAAUUGAUUGAAGCAGAAAGUUUGGAAUAUGUUCAGAAUUUAAUUAAUAAGGAAAAAUCAAACAAAUUUAUUUAUAUAGAAACAGUUGAUUUGACACAAGAUGAAUCAGAUACUGAUGGAGCAAGUUCAGAAAAGAAAACUGUACAAUCUGUGCGAGAACCAGAAGCAAUUAAGAUGACUAAAAAUAUAAAUUUAACUAAAGGUUGUGAUACUAUUACAAGAACUCUAUUUAAUCCAGUUGAAGAUGUGGUACCGAAUGAACCAUUAUAUAUACCAAAUAAAGUCUUGUAUACCAUAAAACAAGAUUCAAUUAGUAAGAAACCAGAAAUAAAUAUUAAACCAAAAAAUAAUCCCUAUGAAAAUAUGGAGCAGGGACAACUUGCUCACUGUGAUAAUCCUACGCAAUUUUAUAUACAUCCAAAAUGCAAUCUUGAAACACUGCGAAACUUACAGGAGAAUUUACAAAUUAUAUCAGCAUCUUUACCACCAUUAAUGCGUAUAAUGGAUGGCGCGAAUUGUAUUUCAUUUUACUCAGUGAACAAACAAUAUUAUAGAGCAAAAAUAAUUGAUUCUGAACUAAUGGUAAUUAAGUUUAUUGACUAUGGUAACUCUGAUUGUGUUACUGACACAACUGAUGUUAAAGAAAUGAGUGUAUUUCCCGAUAUGGAUCCACUUUGUAUUCCAUGUGCUUUACCAAUAAAACCAAAAGGAACAACAGAUUGGGUUGACGCAGCUAACUCUAUUUUUAAUGAUUCCUAUAAUAAGUUAAUAUAUUAUAAGUUUUUAACUCACGGACAUGAAAAAAAUAGUCGAUAUAUUGAUCUAUAUAUAGAUGAUGUAAACGUCGCCGAAAAACUUAUAGAAGUUGGUUAUGCUGUUCCGUUGGUAGUUGUAACAUCAAAAGAGUUAUGCUAUAUAUCGCAUAUAAAUAAUAUAUCAGAUUUUUAUAUACAAUAUGCAAAAGAUCGUAAAACUUUGGAACUGAUUGAAAUGUUCUUGGCUGAUUAUACAGCUUUGCUAGAAGUAGAAACAUUUGAGAGGGAUAAAAUUGUAGCUGCGCUCUUUCCAGAAGAUGGAAUGUGGUAUAGAGCCAAACUGUUGGAAGAAACUGCUGAUAAAAGCUAUAAGGUGUUGUUUAUUGAUUAUGGAAAUACGUGCAUUACACCACAGUGUCGUAUUGUAUCAGAUACAGUUUCGAAAGUACCAUCGUUAUCAAUAAAAUGUUCUUUGCUAUCUGAUAAUAGUUUUAUUUGCUCUGAAGCCACUGAACAAAAGUUUGCAGAUUUAAUUACUAUCGGUCAGAAUGAAUUUACAAUCGAAUUAAUUGAGCCUGCAGUUGAUCACGCUAAAGUUAAUUUGUUUGCAGGCGACCGGAAUAUAAAGGAGGAACUCGAAAUAUUUGACAAGCAGAAUAAUUUAUCGGGAUUAGAAUCAAACGCUGCAUUAAGCACAAGACGUGUGUCACGUGAGUGUGUCACACUUGCAGAUCCGACUAACUCCGAUAUCGGUGAAACUAAUGUACAUAAAAACACUGAAUGUUAUCCACAACCAUAUGCCACCCCUAAAAUUUCCAAUGAUCUUGAGCCAAGUAACUGUCUUUUAAAUCCGAUUAGUAUGGCUGGAACCGUAUCACAUAUAAAUUCAAUUUAUAGUUUUUAUGUACAAACCAAUGAGAAUUUUCUACGGGUUAAAGAAAUGUCAGAAAAUCUUAAAUUAUUAGCAAGGGAUUCAAUGCAGGUACUAGAAAUUGGCGAACUGUGUGCAGCCUAUUACGAUAAGAAUAACACAUUACGUCGUGCGCGUAUUUUGGAAAUCUUACCCAAUUCUGAAUACAGAGCACGCGUACAGUUUAUUGAUUACGGUAAUUGCGCUGAGAGCAGUGAUAUUCGAAAUCUCCCACAACGAUUUAAGCAAUUUCAAGAAUUAUGUAUGCAUUGUAAAUUGAAUAAUGCAGAUUUGUUGCAAAAUGUUAAUAAUUCGGCAGAUAAAAUGUUUAAAAACCUAACUAAGGCGUGUAAUAGGAAUGUCAAAAUUGAAUUUUCCAAUGCAGACGAUAGGCCAAUUGCAGUCCAAAUUUACUCAGCCGAAACUGAUGACAAUUUAAAUAGCCAAUUGGAAGGAAUAUUAAAUAAAUCGCAAAAAUUUAUCGAACAAACAGCAAAACCUAUUGAUGCAGAACAAAAAGUGGUCCGCACUAUUACCAAAGCUGAGUCAACAUGCCACAUUACACACGUAGAAUCGGCAACAAGCUUUUAUAUUCAGCUGGCAUCAAGCGCAUCGUAUUUAGAACUAAUAACGGCACGUCUUGAAAAAUCUAUUGCUGAUAAAUAUGACCUUGUUACUGUGCUUGAGAAUGGAAAAAUUUGCUGUGCUUUUAUAGCAGAAGACGAUUUAUACUAUCGUGUUAAAAUUGCAUCUAUUUCUUCUGAAAAUAUCAGAAUAUUUCUAAUUGAUUAUGGCUACCACAUGACUGUAACACAACUACGCGAAUUACCUAGCGAAAUAGUUGUAAUCCCUCCAUUAGCGUUGCAUUGUACAUUAAAUGUAUUACCAGAAGCACCAACCAAACAAAUUGACAAAUGCUUCCAUUCACUUGUCGAACAACAUUUUGGCGAUUUUUUUCAGAUUGGUGCAAAUAAAAAGGAUGAGACGACAGGCAAGCAUGUGGUUAAGCUACAAACCAAUUAUAAGGAUUUAGCAGAUGAGUUAGCAGAAUUAGUUAGCUACAGUGAUGAAAAUAUGAAAGCAGUAUCUACGAUGCCUGUACUACACGAAUGCAUCGUUAUAUUCGUGAAUUCCAUAAAUUCAUUUUACAUACAACUUAAAAAAGAUAUACCAGCAAUACAACGUAUUACUGAGAAGUUGGCUUUUGCGGAAAAAGAAUUCAAACUAAUAACUGAAUUGAAAGUUGGUAUGAUUUGUGCGGCGUUGUUCCCUGGUGAUUUAUCCUAUUAUCGUGCCAAAAUUGUAAAAGUGCUCGAGAACGGCAAGUGUGAAGUACAUUAUUUAGAUUUCGGAAAUAAUGCCGAAUGCGAGACAUGCUACGCUUUACCUGAAAGUUUAAUUGAAGAACAACGCUAUAGUAAGCAUUGCAGUCUCGAUGAAGAUUUUACUGCGAGGGAUGAAGUUAGUACAGAGUUUCAAAACUUUGUUACGUCUAACUUCAGUCAAACAUUCCAAGUGGAGUUUCUGAAGACAACAGAAGAUCCAUAUAUAUGUCGGAUGUUCUUCCAAAAAAAAAUUUUGGCUGCAGAGUUGUUGAAGCUUAUCAACAAUGAACGAAAUAAUGAAAAUAUUGGACCAAAAGUAGCAGACACCGCUACAAUCCGUCCAAACGUCUAGAAGAACUGCUUUAAAUGUGAACAACUAGAAGUAAAGCAAGAUUUAGCUAACUUAAAAUAUUAAAUUUUAUUUAUAUGUAGUAUAUUAUAUACUAAUCAAAUUAUGUUUUAAGCUAAAUCUUAAUAA